CCAUUCUCUGCGGUCUGCAGUGGAUAUGGCGUCACCGAAAAGUGUAGGAGUCGAGAAACUUCACCCAUGUAAAUAACGUCAAAGGGAGAGCUGUGUGACAAGCUGUGGGUAGCAAUUCCGCAGCAGUACAUAGCUUUAUUAACCAGCCUACUAACUAUGCCUCGGAAAAAGCCUUUUAGCAACAAACAGAAGAAGAAACAGCUACAAGUCAAACGGGACAGAAAGAGAGGUGACACAGGUUCAGGGCCGAGCAGCCGCAAUGCCAGUGUGGAGCGAGGAGACAGACAGUCGGACACCUCGGACAGUGAGACCACUGAUGUUAGGAGAAUAAAUCAGCAACCCUCCGGCAGAGAAGGUAGAUAUGACCCCAACAGGUUCCGACUGCACUUUGAGAGAGAGAGUAAAGAGGACGUGGAAAAGGGGAAGAAGUUGGCCAGGGAGAAGGUUCUUCAGCCAGUCUCAGAAAAAGAACAUGAGAUCGACAUCAAUGAUGUCUUCCCCUCAGAGAAAGGUCUUGGUUUCCCACGACGGCCGACCUGGAGUUAUGAGAUGACUAGAGAGAACCUGCUUAGGAAAGAGGAGAAGUCAUUCAGAGAGUACCUGGACGAACUGCACGCCAAAAACCCAGCUGGCUCUCUCAGCCACUUUGAGCACAAUCUGGAGACAUGGAGGCAGCUAUGGAGAGUGUUGGAGAUGUCUGAUAUCAUCCUGCUCAUCGUGGACAUCAGGCACCCGGUGCUGCAGUUCCCUCCAACCAUAUACCACUACAUCACAGGAGAGCUCCAGAAGCAGGUGAUCCUGGUGUUGAACAAAACCGACCUGUGUCCUCCUCCACUGGUAAUCGCCUGGAAACACUACCUGACCUCCCAGUUCCCCCACCUGCAUAUAGUCUGCUUCACCUCCCACCCUGGACAGCCCUACAGCACAGUGCUCCAGAAGAAGAGGAUGAGGAAGAAGGCUGACUGGAGUCACGCCGGAGGUCCUAUAGAUAUCCUGAAGGCCUGUCAGGAGAUCACAGCAGGGAGAGUUGACCUAUCCAGCUGGGAGCAGAAAAUUAAGCGAGAUGCUGUUGCCGAGCGACUGGAUGGGGAUCGGCCUGAUGAAGGAGCAGAGUCGGUGCUGAUGGAGCAUCAGAGUGACAGGGCUAUGGACAUGGGCAGCCUAUCCCAGGAGCUGUACAAAGAUGGAGUUCUCACACUGGGCUGCAUAGGCUUUCCAAAUGUUGGUAAGUCAUCUGUUCUAAACAGCCUGGUGGCGAGGAAGGUAGUGAGCGUGUCCCGAACCCCAGGCCACACCAAAUACUUCCAGACCUAUUACCUCACCCCGACAGUCAAACUCUGUGACUGCCCCGGACUGGUUUUUCCCUCCCUUGUCAAUAAACAGCUGCAGAUUCUGGCAGGUAUAUACCCAGUGUCUCAGCUGCAGGAGCCCUACAGCUCAGUUGGUUAUUUAUGCGCGAGGACCCCUUUCCUCUCUGUGCUAAAACUCAAACAUCCCAGUUUAAUGGAGAUGAAACCCCAUCACAGAAACGAGGGGUCUGAAGAUCUCAGCUGGACUGCCUGGGAUGUGUGUGAGGCAUGGGCGGAGAGGAGAGGCUAUAAGACAGCAAAAGCAGCUCGCAACGAUGUUUACCGUGCAGCGAAUAGUCUCCUGCGGUUGGCAAUUGACGGCAGAUUGUGCCUCUGCCUAAGACCACCUGGUUACAGCUGCUUGAGGGAGCACUGGGAAAAUCACCCAGAUUUGCCAGAUAUCGUUGCUCUGCAAGGGAGGACGGCAGAGGAGGAAGGAACCGCAGACGGGGACGACGAUGAUGACGGAGAGUCCAGCACCGAGCCAGAGGAAGAGAGAGACCGGGACGCAGACGAUGAUGAGGACGGAGACGAUGAAGACGAGGGCAUUAGACAUCCGAAACGGAAGGAAGACAAGCCGUCUGGUUUCACUGUCAACAUGUACAAUGUCCUCCGUGAAAAUGAGUGCGAGUGAUAACGGAGGGAAGGACGAGCAGGAAGACAUAAGUUGUUCCUCUUUCCUGACUUCUCCCCGUUUCUCCCAGUUAACUUUUCAUUCCUUUUUUUCCCCCCCCUAAAUCUGCAUUUCUUAUUUUUUUCUUGCAUCUCCACUCAACAUGUCAUUACCUUCUCUGUACAUUAACAUGAUCUAUUCUAAUUAAUUCACCCUGUUUCCCCCUCCCUAUAAUACUCAGAGCAUAUUCAUGUACCCAUGCUGUGCCUCUGCUCUGCUUGUUCAUCCAAGACGCUUGUUCCUUAGUGCUGCUUCUAAGAAUCUUCGAAGAAAGUUUGGUUUGAUUUUGUUUUCUUUUUUUUUUUUUGCAUGUAGCUCUCAGAAGCAAAUUAACGAAGUAACUUCCCUCAGCCUUGGAAUAAUCAACCAACUGGUUUUCAAUCUCUUUAUUUACAAGUGGCUUUACAGCUGAGAUGCCAAAGUUCAAGAAAGGAUGAUAAAACAAAUCGGAUGCACUGUCGAUAUGAUGUCAUUCACUGGAUAAGCCAUUUGGCUCUCAGAGCAGCUGGACCAUAUAUCUAAAACUUUAUAGACCAUAGUUUGUCAAAACUUUGAUUAAAGGGUGUGGGGAUGGGAUAUGAGAGAUUUAAGGCCAUAAAAGUGGAACAAAUAAAACCACCAUUUUACACACAGCUUUGCAGUUACCAGUAUUACGGCUCUCUUAGAGGUUAAGUUCUCUGAAUUUGUUUUUGAUUUAGAUAUCACUGUACCGAGAGGUGAUAUUUUAUUUGGUGGUGUUCUACACAGUCAGCUGGAAAUCUCAAAACAUGUUAGGUGUUGGGGGAGGGGAGGGUUGUUGAAUCCUGUAUUGCUGGACGAGGCUGAUUCAGGAACUGAAUUUGUAGUGUUUUAACUACUACAGAUAUUAUCCUUAGAUGCUGACAGGGAGCUACAGUGUUUAGUACAGGAUUUUGGGUACACUCAUUCAGCAAAAUGAUAUGUUGAUGGCAGUUUGAUCAAACAGAGACGGCUAAACAAUCAAUGACAGGAAUAGUUGGACAUUUUGGGAAAUUCGCUUUCUUCCAGAGAGUUGGACGACAAGAUUGACGCCACUGUUGUAUCAGUCCCGUAAAUAUGAAGUUACAGUGACAAAAGCUUAGCUUAGCACAAAGACUUGAAAUGGAAGGAAACAGCUAGCUUAAUUGUUGUCCGAAAGGCAGGAAAACCAGCCUACCAGGGCUUCUAAAGAUCACUAUUUACACAUUAUUAUCUUAUUAAGCUGUACAAAAAGCGUAACAAUGUCACAUGGUUUUAAAACUCCAAGAGCAAAAAAUCGUCCAGGACAUACCCCCUAGGAAACCUCAGUGUGUGCUUUUAUAUGAAUUAAAAGAUAUAGCGUGCUAAUAAGUGAGUUUUGAAUGUGCUUAUAUUUACCAUACAGAUAUGAGUCUAAUGAAUCUUUUCCCCUGACUCUCUGCAUGAAAGUGAAUAAGCAUAUUAACCAAAACGUUGAACUUCCUCUCACCACACAGACAGACAGACGAGUCAUCUUUGCGUCCAUCUGCACAUCAUUACAAACAACAUUACACACUCCAUCUGUGUUGUUAUUAACUAUAGCUUUGACACAGGGCUCAACUUCAAGGUCAGAUCUUCGAAUGUUGUUGAGACACAUGCUGCAGACGGUUCUCUGUGUUCCUCUAUGCCGUGUUUUAAUACAAUUUUCUGUUGAAACUAGAUAAAUUCAACAUUUUUGCUGUUUAAGGGGUCCAUCUCUCUCACUUUCUGUGUGAUGGACCCGCUGCAAUCCUGAGUGCUGUAUUAUUGUGUGCUGAUGUUUUACCUCAUUCAUGUAUUCACAGAGGGAACUCUACAGCACAGUGCUGUGUUACUGUGUAAUACAUCACACUGCAGCCCCUUGCAGUCAUUUCUACCAUUGGUACAGUGUAAAGCAGACACUCAACACUACCACGCUAUUAGGAGCACAACAGACCUUUAGUUGUGUUGAUGGGAAAUGUUUUUUGUUGGAAAUAUUAAAACUGACAGCGUCGGGAGUGUGUAGUGUGAAGGCUUGAGGUGUUUUGCUGCAUUCCUCAUUUCAUUCCUAGUACACCUAAUGAUGACUUGACUGCUUUCUGCAAUAAAAUAAAAGUAUUCAU